AUGAAUAUUUCCAGACCUUCACUCCUAAGUACAGGCAGCGCAAAGGGCAACUUCCGGUUUCUGUCCUCUACGCAGCCCAGAACCAAUGAUACCUCAGAUACCUUUCAGCCUACCAACCGGCUCUUGGGUCGAACAUGCAUGAUCACAGGUGGAACUUCAGGCAUUGGAUUUGCGAUUGCACAAAGAUUUCUCCACGAGGGCGCAUCAUCAAUUAUCCUCGUUGGCAGGUCCCAAGAGCGUCUUGAAGCAGCAGCCGCGAAUCUCCGGUCCUCAGACAAAGUGCGACUACUUGUCGGGGAUGUUGCAGAAGCCGGUACAUGGAUGCGUGAACUCGAAAAGGAAAUGACAAAUGUGGAUGUCCUUGUCAAUGCAGCAGGAAUCUCCGUUACAAAUAUUCUUCCCCGAUGCGAGCUGGAGGAUAUUUCCAAAAUUCUCCGCACAAAUCUCGAGGGCGCUAUACUAACCUCCCGAGCAUUGAUGCGCGCCGCAAUCCGCAGUCGCGUGCGCAACCGUAAUGCCGCGGACGGAGGCAAAAGGCUUUCGAGAUGUAUUAUCAACAUCUCCUCACUAUUGGCCCUGAAGGCAGGAACAGGAGCUGUGCCAUAUGCUGCGUCAAAAGCUGGUCUUUUGGGACUGACCCGAUCGGUGGCGGUUGAGGCAUCGGCCUCGUUGAAGGAUGUUGUCAUUCGGUCUAACGCCAUUCUGCCUGGAUAUAUUGAGACUCCUAUGAUUGCAGACUUUACUCCUGGUGAAGUGGGCAGGCUUAACGAUACUAUACCUCUUCAUCGAUUUGGAAAACCGAGUGAAGUGGCCGAUGCCGCUGUCUUCCUUGCGCAAAACGAAUAUGCCAACAACUGUGUGCUUAAUCUUGAUGGCGGGUUAAGUGCAGUCUGA